UUAAGUCGCCAAAGAGGGGAGUCAAAAUUUUGGAGCCUACCCAUUCUUAACCCUAAUUCACCUUCCCCUUCUCCCAUCUCCUCCUGUACAAACCAUCAGCCGCCGCCACUCCACCUUUCCUCCUCGCGUCGCUCCAUGUCGGCACCGGCUGCGCCGACGCUGAACCACCACGCACCAGGCCCCUCCCCAUCUAUCCUGCGCCGGACACCUCCCCAUCUAUCCCGUGCCAGACCCCUCCCUAUGUACCCCACGCCAUGCCCCUCUCCAUUCAGAUCGCGGCGUUGAGAUACUAUGGCCCAAUGCUACCCUUCGAGCUCAGGCGGCAGUGGUGGCGCUAGGAAGGACUGCUAGAUUUGGAAGUACCCGAGGUCGCCGACGGCGGGCAUGGAUCCAACUCCAUCUGGCGGCGGGCACAGAUCUAGAUCCAUCCGGCGGAGAGCCAACGUUAGUCUCAUGUGGAUGGUCAGCGACAUUGCAGAGCUGAACAGGGACAUGCCCUUCAUGCUCGACGAUGGCAGCGGCAACAUUGAUUUCAUCAGAUGCAGAGGUGAUGGAUUUUGUACUAUUGUAUUUCCGAAAAUGCAUGUACACGGAAUUGCUAUCUCAAGGACUAAUGGAAAUGAAGAUUGCGCGCUUUUGUUUAAGAUUACUGCUAGAUGGUAUAUUAUUCUCGCUUCAGAUUUAGGAGUGUUCAAUUUGCUACCUAGUGCAAUUGUCCAGUCUCAAAAUUUCAUUGUUAUUACUAGCAUAUUCUAUAUUUCUUGGUAUUGUUCACACCACACCAUUGCUGAAAGCCUACUAGAAAGAAUAAUUAAUCAAUGGUGUGCUAAAUUAAACUAAAGUGUUAUGUAUACAAUUAGAACUAGAUUAUUUACUUUAUAAUUUUUCAUUUGGGCAGAGAUAAUUGUGUGCCUUGUAUCCCAUCUGAUAUUGAAGUGUGGACGGAGAUAAUUAUUUACCUUGUAACAUGUUACUAUUCUUCACAAUUCUCAGGUGUGGUUAAUCUAGAUGUGAAUGUUAUGGUUCGAAAGCAUCAGACUAAAUCUGAGCCGUUAGGUUCAUCUAUGUUCUAAGUGCUUAACUGAAGUUUUUUGAUGCUCGCAAAUGUUUGCGUUUGUAAAGAAUUAUACUGUUAGCAUAAUAAGGUCACUAAGUGCAUCAUUUAAUUGCCUAAAAUGGUCUUGGCUUCGAGUGAUUUUAUUUUACAUGCAAAAGGCAAGUUUAUUGACAGAAAUUAGCUUUAAUUGAUGAAGAAAGUAUGCCUCCAGUAUUACUAUUUUCAUGUUUUGUUAAUUAUGAAAUACAUUUUAUUUUACGGAAUCAUCCAUUUUAAUAUACCAUGCUCUGUGCAUAUAAACCUGAUUUUCUGUUGUUGUACUUGAUGAAUAUGAAAUGAUUUGUCCACCCUUUUUUUUAAAAUGAUGCUGACCUUUCUAUGUUUGCAUGAUAAAAUGUCACAUUUAUAGAACAAUUUUUUAAACUUGUAACUAGUCUGCUAUUUUCUACCAUGCGUUGCCACCAUUUUCAUGGUACCUUAAUAUAUUAGCGGUGUAUCCAUCAGAUGAUUGGUUGGAAAAUCAACUAAUAUUCUUACUCUUUAGAUUCAUUUGGGAGUUGCUAGUUAUAACUUGUUAUAAUUUUGUAUGUGUUUUGGAUUCUACGCAGGUUUGGCAAUUUGGAGAUUGAAGUUUUUAAGUAGGAAUUACUUGGGUUCGAAUAGCUGUCUGGAUGCAGUGGUGUAGUGUUGUAGAUUAAAUCAGCUAAUAGUGCAUUUUUCCAUGGAAGUCAUGUUAUUUUAAAUUAAAAAUAUGUUUAUAUCGCAUUCUAGAUAUGCUUGUGAUGUUUUGAUAUUAAACUUUGUUUUUG